AUGGUGGACAUGACACUUGUCAAUGCGUGGUUGUUAUGGCGCCGAAUCAAUGCUGACUCAUACAUGCCACUUUAUGAUUUCAAACUGGCCGUUUCCGAACAUUUGCGUAAAGCAGGAAAAGCAGUUAUGACCAAGAAACGUGGUCGUCCAUCGAGCAUUGUUGGAACUCCGACAUCCAGCCGGGGUGGCACUCCCUCCCGUAUUCCUGAAUCUCCAGUUCCCGCAAAAAAGACACGAAAAACGCCAGCUAGGCAUCAAGACUUGCCUUUGGCGUCCGUGCGUACCGAUGGGAUUAGCCAUUUUCCGAUUUGGAAGAAGAAUGCCCGACAAAUAUGCCAAAAAUUGUUCUAA